UGGUCUAAUGCACAGGCGAGAAUUUCGCUUGCGAGAAUAUUUUUUUUUUAUGGAAAAUUUCAGUUCCUGGAUCAUAUUUUAAAUAGAUGUAAAAAAUGUAAAAUGGAAACUACCUAAAAUACAACACAAUUCUUUAAUUUCUAUGAAAAUUAUUAUCAGGCAAGGCGAAUUCUCGUGUGCGUACAUUCUCCUCAGACUACAUUCUCGAAUGCACGACCCAACGUUUUUGCGUUUCUGGAAUAUUUCGAAAAGUCAAAUUCCUGGUGCAAAGCUUAAACGAUAAAAUGGAAUUUUACGAUAAAAUUAAGCGAUUUUUGGGGCUGUCCACACGACAGGAGAGUCCCCAAUUCGACGAACGAGACAGCAGACCCUGGCCAGAGCCCCCACACAUAGAUGAUGGAUUUGAAACACCAUUUCAAAGUUUUAGCAUGUUCGCUGAUCCCUUUGAGAUGCACAAGUAUUUUGAGCAACAAAUGAGCGAAAUGUUGCGCAAUUUUGGUUUUCAUGAAUUUGGAGACGGUUUCAGCCACAAUUUCGAUUUGCCACAACUUCAAAUUGAGGGAAUUCCCGAGGAUGAAAGUGUGCCGAAAUCUGGGAAUUUAAGGGAUCAGUUUCUUAAACCCGGCUUUGAGAAACCCAAGAGGAGAAUUGAAGACAAAAAAGAUGAAGACAUUGACGGCAGGUUAGAUAUAAAGGAUUGGGGAUCCGUAUUUAAAGGUGAAAGUUCACAAAGGCCAGUUGUAGGAAAAACACACUUUUUUGGACAAAGUGUUACUUCCAAAACCGUCAGGAAUGCAGAUGGGUCUAUUGAGACUCAUCGUACUGUAAGAGAUAACGAGGGUAAUGAAGAAACGACGAUUACGCGAAUAUCAGGUGAUAAAGAAUAUAGCAUUACGAAACGUAAAGAUAAAGAAGGAAAAGAGGAGAUCAUUGAAAAUCUGGUAAACCUAGAUGAAAGCGAAAAGGAUAAAUUUUUCCCUCAACAAAGAAAACCACCGGAAUUGGAUAACAAACCUUGGCCGUUUUUCGACAGGUUUUUUUAAAUAAGUAUAUUGUAGCCAUGUAAAUAAAUAAAACUAUUUAUUUGUAAUAAUUUAA